AUGCAACCCAUGAUUGAAAAUGGGAUCGAGAUUUUAGGCAUGGGAGAAGUUAAUAUUCGAACUAGCAAAGCACUGUUAGGCUGCGCUUCUGAAAAGUCUGAUUGGGAUGACCUAAUCAAGCUAUAUCUUUCCUUAAAUGACUUGGUUAUCCAGUGUUAUUUCACACCUGGAUUGAAAGAUGAUGAAGAAACAGAAAGAACCAUAAAUCUGCUCACAUCAAGAGGAAUUACUCCCAGCAUGACAAUUAAAAACAGCACUUACUCUGGUGUCUUUCACUUUAAUUUGUCCAUGCAAAGUAGUCAACCUUCCUGGUCAAUUACAAUUCCCAUGGAAAAAAUAUCAACUAAUCAAGAUAUUGCUCCUGUGGAAGAAUGGUUUAUAACCAUUUCACUUCAAGAGGGAUUAUACACUUACACUACUGAAGGAACACUACUGGAUCUUUCCCGAGAGCCUCUUCUUCAAUGGAAGCUUGGAAAAGUAAUGAAAAAUCAUGUGAUAGCUAGUGAAAUUAAUAACGUGAAAGCUAUCAAGAUUACAAAAUGUCCGUGUGCUAAUGAUGUAGCACUAGUUGGUCUUGUAGGUAAUGCAAACUUUUCUGGAAUUCACAUAGGUUUGACUUAUUCUGGAUUUUGGGAGCAAAAUGACACUGUUUGGUAUGAUUUGACAAGUAAUAUCUGCACUUUCAGUGAUGAAGAAUGUAUAACAUCUUCAGUUGUGGAAAUUGUCUUAACAAAUCAUCAUUUAGUGAUCCUUACAACGGUGGGCCUUUACAUCAGUGCAGAUCUUCGUUAUCCAAAUGGUACUUUAGUGUUCUCAAGAGUAAGCUUUUGUGGUUUUAAUUCGGAUGAUUAUAUUCAAGCAAAACUAUGGUAUAAUGAAAUAUGUUUAGCUAACCAAGAACAUUUUGAAGAUGAUUAUAUGGCUAUCACCUUUUCAAGAACUAGGAGUUUGAGUCAGUUAUCUACUUGUUUCUAUAGUGUCACUCCAUUUGAUAACUGGGAAACUUGCCUCCCCAAUCCUAGAGAUCCUAACAUUAGAAGAAUGAAGAGUAAACUGUUGUCAUUCCUUAUUGACAAUGAAUUGAAUGAUGCAAUCUACCUUUUUUAUGAUAGGAAUCACUCUUUUGUUACUGUGCGGAAAUACGUAAAACGUGGACCAAAAACUGAACAGAAAUUUCCAAGUUUUUUUUUCCCUGGUGAUUUUCAUAAUGUUACUGGAAUGGCUUUCCAUCCUAGGACUCAUUUUCUGUAUGUUUAUGGAAAUCAGGUCUGGAUUUCAUAUGAUGGAGGUAACAGUUUUGAGAGAGUGGCAAAUUUUCAUGAUGAAGUCAUAAUUGUGAGCUACCACAGUUUCCAUUCUUCAGAAAUUAUCUUUGUUUCUCAGACUUCGAAAUUGUAUUUUUCUAAGGCAGGAAUAAAAUCUUAUAUUGAAUUGGGUGAAAGCAAAUACACUGUUUUUGCAAUUUACUAUGACCAUUUGGGCACUGAAGCUUUAAUUACUCUGAGUAAUAACGAUUUGGAUUCAUUAGACAUAAUUCCUCUAGUUGAUAAUAGAGCAAUUUCUCAGAUUAAAGAAGAUGAUGUCUUUGAUACUAUAUUAGCUCCACAGUACAUCUCAAUGACUGAAAUAAUCUUUUUUGCAUAUGUACCCCAGAAUGCUACUCAGGAAACCAGAAAGAAUCUAAGAUUUUACCAACAUCACGUUGGCAGACUACUAAGAUUACGCUCAUUUGGAAAAGCUGAGAUAACGAGCAUUUUGUAUCAUGAGAACUAUGUAGGCUUUCCAAGUUCAGCAAUUGCAACUAUAAUAAGGCCUUUUGAAGUUGAAGUGCCUGUGAAGAGUUCUAGUUUACUGGGUUCCAUUAUUGUUGAAAUAUAUUCAGAAUACUUAUACAAAAUUGUUCUUCAUAAGGCUGAAGUUACUCCUCAAUUUAAAAAUAAUGACAUUGGAAAAACUGUGGUGAUUCCUGGUCGUAGCAGCCUCCUAAUUCUUGAGAUUUUGAAUACCUCAAUAGCUUUAGCUCUUGCUACCAUGCCUAAUAGUGUGCCUUUAGGUGAACGUAUUGAAAGCAGACGGUGGUUCCUGUAUCACUUUGGGACUAUGGCUACAUCCGGAUGGUACAUUACUCCAUCCUUGUGUAAACAUGUGAUCGUACAUGAUGAUGUCCAGACAGGAAAGCACAUACUGAAAUAUCUUGAUCUGGGGUCUGACUUUAACUUUAAAAUUAAGGUUUUGUCAGAUGUGCCAUACAAUAUUCGGAAACUAAAUACACCACUUAUAAAAAUAGUUGUUGGACAUGCGUCCUUGAUGGAUAUAAAUACAAAUGCAUAUUUUGAUGAAACUGACGGUUAUGUAGUUGAAAUGUCAAUUACAAAUAAAUAUUUCAGAAAUGGUAUCACUUCAAUUUCAUUCAUAGUCUGGGAGGCAACAGUUACAUGCCAGACUUCAUUAAUUACCCUAACACUGAAGAGCAGCUGUAGUUAUACGAAAUACAUGAGUUUUUUACCCAACUACCAGAUAUCCUUUGAUGAGUGGGAAUAUGGAUCUCAUGAAGAUGAACAUGGCUUCAACAUGAUCAAAACCUUGCCGAAAAACUACAGGCCUCCAUCAUCAAUGGGAAUAGCCAUCCCAAUCACUUCUAACUUUUAUAAUGCAGAUCCCAGUAGUCCCAAACCAAGGAAUUACCAUCCCAAAUCAAAAGAAACAGGGAUAUAUAAGCAAUGUUUAAACAAGACCUCUAGAGAUGAGUGUAAUUGUACUACUGAACAGAAGAUGUCUCAAUAUAUAGCUUUCUCAGACUGCAGGGAAAAGGUUGUUCGUUUUAUGUAUCCAGUUAUCCAGUAUCCUAUCUUUUUGAAUAUCAAGCAUGGAGAUAGCUCCGUUCCAAUGGAAGCUCCGUAUCUUGUUACGAUAUCUGAAGUGAAUAAUAGGAAAAACUGGAAACUCAAACAAAAUGUGACAAAUGAGAUUAAAAAAAUGAAAGAAUACUUAGAAAAGACCCUUGCUGAUAAAGUGUAUAAUCCAAAAGGUCUUAACCUGAGCAUAACUGGUUCUGAGUUAUACCAUUUCAGAGUGACAGUUAUUCCUGGAGUCACCUUUUGUAAAUUAAUUACCGAGUUUCAGAUUUAUGUUGAUAGUGCACCAUUUCCAUUUCCAGGAAGACUGCUUAUUUGUUCUAUAACAACUGUAAUUUUAGGUGGAAUAAUUCUUUCAGUAUUUAUGGUGGAAUUAUUUGAUGUCCAUAUAUGGUUAUCAAUUAAAAAUCUGGUACUAAGGAAGAACAAAAUAGCUACAUCAGAUUCCUCUAUUGAUUUAGAAGAUCAAUAG